AUGAGAUCCUUCUUAUUCUCAAGUUACCCGGCGCAGCCCGCCCCGUCUUCUCCCUCCCCUUCUCACCCUUCCAAAGCAUACCGUUCUCAUAAACAGACGAUCUCGGCAAAACCUAUCUCAUACGACGCGCUUAGUGUUGAGCCAUCUGCUCUACGUCGUAGCCGGCUAGCACCCAAGUAUGCGCCGGGCACAUCCGAAGACGUCCAAGACGAACAAGACAUCGCAGUUACAGUCACCAUCCAAGCCGUCGACUCGACCUCUUCGAGUUGCUCAUCUACCAGCUCAGCAUCCUCAGACUUUCAUGCUGCAAUGUCAAUACGAGCCGCAGUUAACUGGGAAGCGAGCAUUACGCUACCUCAGUCGAGUCUCUCCGGCACCACCACCAGUCUGCGUAGACCGACAACGCCGACGAGUCCUGUCCAGAUCCCCAAGCGAAGCCAUCAUGACGCCCGUCACCAUGCAAAGCUAGAAACAUCACAUCAUCGACGAAACCCCAGAAUUUUUCAUCCUCCAGAUUCAAUUUCGCCGUCUGUUGCAGCCCUCCUUGCUGUGACUGACAUCCCGCGACCCCAAAGACGAAGACGCAAGGCCGAUUCGCCUCUUACCGUUGAUGAGAUUGUGAACGACCAGCAUGUAUCGGAAAAAGAGCUUAGCUUGUCUCUCAGUCGGAGACCCAUGGACUUACUAUUGUCGCCGCCAGAGGAUUUGAUGGAUGAUGAUUUAAGCGCCACUGAGAGCAACAUGGGCUCAAUGCUUGCCAGGACUACUUCCGCAGACUCUGUUCCAUCGCUCGGAGGGGAGUCCUUUGCUACCGACGUGUGCUCUUCGGUUGAUACGCCUGCAAGCAUUGGCAUCUCGGCGCGGCGUAAGCACAGCCCGGUACGCAGGUCCUUGGAACCUAUUCGAUCACCAUCCGAAGAUGGUGCCGAGGAGCAUCCUCUUGCGGUUGUUGACAACCUUGGCCUAGAAGAUUUGGAGACGCCAGCUGCCGAACUUUCAGAUGAGGGCUCUACUUCAUUCUUGCAGCCUUUUAAACCGCUGCGAUCUGCAUUCAAAUCAAAUUUGACAGCUUCUUUACGGGCCUUGCGCUCGGCAGCCAAGUCUUUUUCAAGCAUCAACUUCCCGUCCAUUCCGCCAGAUGACUUUCUCACUCGGUCUAUUCUCACAAUUGACCCGAAUGUUCCAUACAUGGAUGAACGACGUCCCCCGAUGACUGAGGAGAUGCCAUCGGCUGAAUUGCGCCGCUAUCUCAACCCUACGACAAGUGCUCACAUCGACCCCCAGCCAAAGACACGCGCAGGCACUUUCUCAGCUUCGAUUCAAAUGCAAACCUACAAGGUCCAGCGUUCUCAAUCCGCCCCACCGUCACCGCGCACGCCCUACACUGCUGGCAACCCGUCCAAGUCUGCAUCCGCCCCCAAUCAACACCCAGGCAGGCCAGGCCAACAGGCUUUCGCCGUCCCAAGCAUGCGCCAACGAGAAAUGCGGGAGAAUCCCGACUUUAUCCGUAUUGCAGUAAUGGAAAUGGCGAUGCGGCGCCGAGGAAAGCUUGAUAAUCAGAAGCCAGGCCGGGCUCGCUGGGCUCUCCCACCACGCAAAACAUCACUGAAGCCCUACGAAGUUGGCUCGAAUGGUGUUCCAGCAAGAUCAGAGACGUGGCAUCUCGUCCUGAAAGAGGAGGCUUACAGAGUACGUAAUACGCCCACCACUCUUUCGUGGGAACGACGCAGCGAAAAAGUUUUUCUGGCCUGUGCCAGGGCAAGGGGUAUCGGGACCCUAAACAUUGCCAAGGAAGUCGUGGAACACGUCAUGGGGCGGGCUUUCAUGCAGCGGCACGUUGCAGCAGCAGCUUUUUACCAGGGCCAGACCCAUGGACCGGAGAGCUGCGACCCAGCCGGUGGGAGCAAUCUGCCAAUGGAGGAGGAAGUGUGCAACGCGAUCCGCCGAGGCCCCACUGUCGAAGCAUUUUGGAAAGCGUACCGAAUCGGCCGCGAGGAAAAUGCCGAGACUGGACCCGAGCUGCGAAAGAAGGGGCUCAUCGAUGUGGUUGAGGGUUCCACGGACGGAGCGGACAGCGACGCAGUGGAACGACGAAUAUUUUCUGCCCCUGGGGCUUGCGCAUUCUGCAAGGCACCACAUUCCGACAUUGAGGUCUUGGAACCGAAACUUGACUUGAGCCCUAUAAGCAAAAGAAUCAGACGGAAGGCCCACACACGCCUUGGUGAGAACUAG